AUGGCGAAACUCUCAUGCAUUGCUCUAACUAUCUUACUCUUUAACAAUCUCAUCCUCUCUCAAGCUAUCUACGGUUCUUCCUCAACCGUUCUUCAACUCACUCCUGACAACUUCAACUCCAAGGUUCUGAAUUCAAAUGAAGUUGUUCUUGUUGAAUUCUUUGCUCCACGGUGUGGACACUGUGAGGUUCUGACUCCUAUAUGGGAGAAGGCAGCUACUGUAUUAAAGGGUGUAGUUACUGUGGCAGCACUUGAUGCUGAUGCUCACAAGUCUCUGGCUCAUGAAUAUGGUAUUAGAGGAUUUCCAACUAUAAAGGCGUUUUCCCCCGGAAAGCCACCCGUUGAUUACCAAGGAGCCAGGGAUCUGAAAGCAAUCACAGAGUUUGCAAUUCAACAGGUAUAUUACUUCGACAUUGGCAAUAUUAGCAGCACUAGCACCAUCACCAUCGCCAUCACCACCGUCACCAUCAUUCAAUCAUUACGAAGGGUAGAACAGUGGGCCUUGGGUGUUUGCAAGGAUCCAAAAAUCAAAUGCAUAUCCACCACACUCCCCAAAAUAUUCACAGUACAUGGAUUAUGGCCCUCGAACAAGGGCCAAUCACAACCAUCUGUCUGCUCGCAUGAAGUGUUAAAUCAAGCUGACAUUAAAAUUUUGACACCAAUGCUAACAAUUCCGUGGCCAAGUGUAACUACCACAAUGAAUAAUAAUCAAUUCUGGAAGCACGAGUGGAGGAAACAUGGAACCUGCUCCACAUUCCAAAAAAUUGAUUAUUUUCAACAUGGAGUUAAUCUCUGGGCCAGAGAAAAUAUAACUGCUAUACUGGAGCAAGCUGGUAUUACACCCGGGAAAAGUUAUGAUCAAACUAGGAUUAUCACAGCUAUAAAUGCAAAGACGGGAUCUGAUCCCGAGCUGGUUUGUGUUGCCGCCGGCAAUUACUUGGCCGAGAUACGGCUCUGUCUCGAUCCAUCAACAGCAACAACGUACAUGGUAUGUCCUACGUCAAUUAACAAGAAGCCAAGUUGUCAACCGAUGGUAGCUUUUGCGGCCUAAUACACAGGUGACGGUUAUGGUUGGUGGAGCAUUGGUUACUUUUUAUUCAUGAUGCAUGGCAAAGACUACACUUACUUAUGAAUUAAUAUAUUAUAAAAUAAGUUGAUUGCUUAGAUUUCUUUUCAGACUAGGUACAUGCUGUACCUAGUGUUUUGUAAUAAAUUUAUACUUU